AUGACUCAGAGAAAUGGAAUCAGAGCGACGAGUGACCGCUGCCUCCGCCCAGAGGCCUCCGCUGACCUCGAGCUGGCCAACGGCAUGGAGAAAGUCCAAGAGGCCAACGACUGUGAAUCUGAGGAGGGGGGGCAGGGAGGUGAAUGCAGAGACUCUGUGGGUGUAACGGGAGCAGUCACAGCUCCAGAUGGCGGUUGGGGGUGGGUAGUGCUGGCUGCCACCAUCAUGGUCUUGGCUCUGACCCUGGCGUUCCCGUCCUGUGUGGGAAUCUUCUACACCGACCUGCAGAAUGAGUUCCACGCCUCCAACAGCGAGACCUCCUGGGUGCCCUCCAUCAUGACGUCAGUGCUUCAUGCCGGAGGUCCCUUCUGCAGCGUGCUGGUGGAGAGACUCGGUUGCCGGGCGACGGUCAUGUUGGGCGGCAUCCUGAGUGGGCUCGGAAUGGCUGCCAGCUCGUUCACCCAGUCCAUCGUACAGCUCUACAUCACAGCUGGGGUUAUUACAGGACUUGGUUUCUGCUUCAGCUUCCAGCCGGCGGUGACAAUCCUCGGUCACUACUUUGUGCGUCGUCGAGCGUUUGCCAACGCGAUGUCCUCCACAGGCACAGCCCUGGGACUGUGCACUCUGCCUUUCCUGGGUAACUACCUCCACACAGAGCUGGGCUGGAGGGGAAGUUUCCUCGUUCUGGGGGCCAUCCUGCUGAACUGCUGCGUGUGCGGAGCGGUGAUGAGGCCCCUGCAGCCCCCCAAGCAUCGAGGCCAGCCGCUGAUGAAUCAGGGACCCCCUCUGCCUGAGGAGGAAGAUGUGAGGAAGGAAAAAGGCAGAAUGAGAAGGAUAUGGAGCUUUGUGGUGGCGUCCCUGAGCAAACACAUGGCCUUCGAUCAGUUCUGCUACAACUCACGAUACUGUGUGUACGCCAUAGGCAUCACGUGGAUGAUGCUCGGGUUUGUGGUGCCCUUGGUGUACCUGGUGCCCUACGCCACGGCUAACAACAUGGAGCAGAGCCGGGCCGCGCUGCUGCUCUCCAUCUUGGGUAUGGUUAACAUUGUGGUCCGGCCGCCGUUCGGCAUCAUCCUCAGCAUGCCGUGGUUCAAAGGGCGACACAUUUACGUGUUUGCCUCUGCUUUGCUGGUCAACGGGCUCAGUAACAGUAUCUGCUGCAUCGGGCCCACCUUCCCCGUGCUGCUGACCUAUGUGAUGGUCUACGGGCUGUCCAUGAGCGUGGUGGGUUCCCUGAUGUUCACUGUCCUCAUGGAUAUCGUGGAGAUGAGCCGCUUCCCCUCAGCCCUGGGCCUGCUCGCUAUCAUGGAGAGCAUCACGCUGCUCAUUGGGCCUCCACUGGCAGGAGUCCUGGUGGACAGGACAGGUCAGUACUUCCACGUCUUCUUUGCCUGCAGUGCCGUAGUUGCCUCUGCUGCCGUGUUCCUCAUGGUGUCAUUUUGCUGGCUGGAUAAACGGGACAGGAAGCUGUCGAAGCAGGGUCAGCAAUCUGCACUGCCCGAACCAGCCAAACCCUCUGUUGACUUAGCGUCCGGCUGCCAGUACAGCAGCGUGCCCACAGAGGGAGACAAAGACAAGGCCUCGUCUAACGGGGCAGAGUACAUCACCAGCCUCUGAACCUGCUCUCACCGUGUGCCACCUCUAACACACAUCACAUUCUGGCCCAGACAGGUCUGCAGAUUGUUUUCUAAUGUUUGCACCAGCUUUGUUUGGCGCACCAGAUGUUGCAACCUCUCUGCUGUCUGGGGCGCCAUAAAGUCAGAACAAACACUAUGAAUGAUGUGCACUGUGGCCAAAGUCGGACACUUGAUCCUACAUACCAAAAUGAAUAGAUGUGCACUUACAACUACAAUGUGAUUGUACUAUUUAUUGCAAAAAGCUGCUGUAUCACACAAUCUAUCAUAUAUGAUGUAUCUCACUGUAUCAAGCCAAGUUACCCAAGAAAUCACUCCGAAUGCUUUCUACAUGUUUAAAGGAGCUGUGUGUGACAUUCAGAGCAUUAAUAUAGCAGCAGACAGCUACAGUGCAGUGCUGGUACCUGAGCAGAGAGUGAUGCAAACUGUAGAUCUGUUUAGUGUUUCUGCUGCAGACUUUACUCUUACAUGUAGGCGGCGCUGUUAUCGCUCACGGCUCUGUGAAGCUCUCGCUGUAUUUCUUCUUCACUGGUGUUGCAGAGAGACGUCUGGACCUCAUUUAUUAUCCAGUGGAAUCAACAUUUCAGAACAAAAACGACAGGCUGCAGGCAGAGACUCUUUUGACAGGACAUUUAAAAAUAGCAGCUUUAUGCAUUGAGUCCCUGUUGAGCAGAAUGCAGCAGUGUGCUGUCGGAGUCGACCACAGCGACCACGUUUUCUCUGAUUAAAUUUAGUGACAUUUUCAGUUAAAUUCAUCAGUAACUUUGUUUAUUGUGUUUUGUCUCUUUUUUGGCAACUGAAUUACAUCAAGUGUGAGAGCAGGGAGGUGGAGACAGAGUUAAUCAAUAACUUUAUUAGCAUAAUGUCAGUAUUUCAUUUUGAACCUGACUGAGCCGCACUCGACUCGCCGGCUUUGAGCAGGGUCAGGCUGUAGUUUUAUCAAAUGUACACGGGCUUUGAUCAAGUUGGGUUUGCACCAAACUCCCUCUUUUCUUCACACAGACCUUAUAGUGAUGCAAUAUUCUCAUCAACCCAUUUUAACUAACGACAAUGUUGAGAUUUAGAUUUAGGUUAGAAGGCACAUGUCAGAGGUCAUUUCACAAAUGUCUCUUCAGGCCCAGACACACCAGAGACUUCAGGCCCGCUGCUGCGUCACCUGAUACUGCCGCGUCUCGGCCAAAAACAUUGCACAUGAACACACCGCUCAGACUCCAGCACGCAUGCUCUGCACCUGCGUGAAAGCAACAGAUUUCCACUCCAGCAGACAGUGGUUGUCUAUGAUCCUCAUGCAGAGAGGGACGCUGGAAGGUGGUCCUGAUGCUAGUUAGCCAGUUAGCACAUUAACAACACAAACAAUGUUUGAAGAACAAAAUACAUUUUCUGUGCACCAGCGAACAAUUACACAAACCAUCAGGAAACGUUUUACCAUCUUACAUUAACAUCUGACCUGAUGGAACAAGUUUGUGUCGGUCUCUCUGCAAAUCAGAGCGGUUUCAUUCACUGACAGGCUCCGCUGUCGCCGACGCCGAUUCACCAUGUUGAAUCAAAUGUUAAAUCGGCCAAACAGAACUACUGCAAGGGGCUGACGAGGGACAGCGGUGUGGGACACACUGCACUGACAGCAGGUACACACCUGGUGGCAGGUGCUCACCAACGGCCCAUCCGUCGGCUCGGCGUGUCACGACCUUUACUGCACUGACAAGACUUCAGUUCACUUUAGCAAGUGAUAAAUGCUUUUUUAAAACCUUUAUUUCAGGAUUUCCAAUAUAAACACUCAGUACCUCGUUUUAACAGCCCAGGCACAAAUAUCUUCACAGGUAGAAAAACAAAAAACUUUACUAUUAAAAUAAAACACAUAUAUACGGCUCCUCAGUUAGACCAUUACACUUCACUACCCUGCAGAUACUUGAGGACAGGGUUUCACAUUCUGACAAAUAUUUGAAUCUUAUUCUUAUAAAUGCUUUGAUAUACAGUACAGGCCAAAAGUUUGGACACACCUUCUCAUUCAAUGCGUUUUCUUUAUUU